CCCCGGAAACGACAACACCGUCACACACCCAAACCGACCUACACGGUAAUCGAUACUCGGUGAGAGGGGAGGUGAGUGGGGAAGAAGAGAAAGAAGAACAAGAAAAAGGAAGAAAACAAGAGAAGAGUCGGGACAGCCAGGCCGCGCGAGGGGAUGCAUCAGCACAGCGACAAAGACAACGACCUCCUAGGGGCCGAGGGCGCGAGUACGGACGUGCGGGUCGCGUGCUGGCGGGGGACCGACGGCGAGGAGCGCAGGGUACUGGUGUGCCGGGACUGCCGUUCGGGCCUGCGCCCGGGCAGCGGGAUCGAGACGCACCUCCGACAGGUGCACCGGCGGAAGGGCUCGAUACUGCGGCGCGCAAUCGAGUGCAGCUGGCUGGCCGAGCCGCUGUCGGAUCCGCGGUCGGUCGAGCUCCCGGGUGACGGCCAGCCCGCCGUGCCAUGCCUGCCAAUAUUAGCUGGGUACAGCUGCGUGCGGUGCCGGUUCCUGACCAUCAACCGCAAGGUGAUCCAGGCUCACCAUCGCAAGGCCGGGCACCAGCCGCCAGGGCCUGGCACGGGGCCGGCGGGCUGGACUGAGGUCAGGCUGCAGACGCUGUCAGGCGGCAGCAGCGCCAGGUACUGGAUCGUCAAGCAGGCGGAGCACGAUAGCGUCGCUACUACGGCAGGCAGGCCAGGCACCUCGGGAUCGGGAUCGGGUCUCGCCAGCAUGCUAGAGGCACGGCUUGCGAGAUACGAAGAGAGCUUGGCUGCUGAGCUGGAGGAGACGCGCCGGACGGCAGACAGCCGGCAGGGAGCCGACUUCGAGUCGACGUGGGUGCGCGAGAUGGGCUGGGCAAGGCACCUAUCCGGCAGCGACCCCGGCGAGCACUACCU